UCCCCGAGCGGAGCUCCGCACGUCGGUCGGGACUACAGGCGCACACACAUACACACAGAGCCAUGGCCGAAAACGCCGGCUUGGAAAACCAUCGCAUUAAGAGCUUCAAAAACAAGGGGCGAGAUGUGGAGACGAUGCGAAGACAUCGUAAUGAAGUGACAGUAGAACUGAGAAAGAACAAAAGAGACGAGCAUCUCCUGAAGAAAAGAAAUGUUCCACAAGAAGAGAGUCUGGAGGACUCUGAUGUGGACUCUGACUUUAAAGGGCAAAAUGUAACGCUAGAUGCCAUCUUACAGAACGCCACCAGUGACAAUGCAGUGGUGCAGCUCAGUGCAGUGCAAGCAGCCAGAAAAUUGCUCUCAAGUGACAGAAAUCCCCCAAUAGACGACUUGAUAAAAUGUGGAAUCCUUCCAAUCCUAGUCAAAUGCCUGGAGAGGGAUGACAAUCCUUCAUUGCAGUUUGAAGCUGCCUGGGCUUUGACCAACAUUGCAUCAGGGACGUCUGCACAGACACAGGCAGUGGUCAAAUCCAAUGCUGUCCCAUUGUUUUUGAGACUUCUGCAUUCUCCUCAUCAGAAUGUGUGUGAGCAGGCCGUGUGGGCGCUGGGAAACAUCAUUGGUGAUGGACCUCAGUGUAGAGAUUACGUCAUCUCGCUCGGUGUGGUCAAACCUCUCUUGUCGUUUAUUAAUCCUUCCAUCCCCAUAACCUUCUUGAGAAACGUCACCUGGGUCAUUGUCAACCUGUGCCGAAACAAAGACCCUCCACCACCCAUGGAAACAGUACAAGAGAUUCUUCCUGCCCUCUGUGUACUCAUAUAUCAUACAGAUAUAAAUAUUCUGGUAGACACAGUGUGGGCUUUGUCAUAUCUGACAGACGGAGGUAACGAGCAGAUUCAGAUGGUAAUAGACUCAGGUGUUGUCCCCUACCUUGUCCCGCUGCUCAGCCACCAAGAGGUCAAAGUUCAGACCGCAGCGCUGAGAGCGGUGGGGAACAUUGUAACCGGGACAGACGAGCAAACUCAGGUGGUGCUCAACUGUGAUGUCCUUUCUCACUUUUCCAACCUGCUCACACACCCCAAAGAGAAGAUCAAUAAGGAGGCGGUGUGGUUUCUGUCCAAUAUAACAGCAGGAAACCAGCAGCAGGUGCAGGCUGUAAUAGAUGCUGGCCUCAUACCCAUGAUCAUUCACCAGCUUGCCAAGGGUGAUUUUGGGACACAGAAGGAGGCUGCAUGGGCCAUCAGCAACUUGACAAUAAGUGGAAGAAAGGAUCAGGUGGAGUACUUGGUGCAACAAAACGUGAUCCCACCCUUCUGCAACCUGCUGUCGGUGAAAGAUUCUCAGGUGGUCCAGGUGGUCCUUGACGGACUGAAAAACAUCCUCAUCAUGGCCGGGGAGGAAGCCAGCACAAUUGCUGAGAUCAUUGAAGAGUGUGGAGGAUUGGAAAAAAUCGAGAACCUCCAGCAGCAUGAAAACGAGGACAUCUAUAAACUUGCAUUUGAAAUCAUUGAUCAGUACUUUUCAGGAGAUGAUAUUGAUGAAGACCCCAGCCUGAUUCCUGAGGCCACCCAAGGAGGCACAUUUAACUUCGAUUCCUCCAACCUACAAGCCAAGGAGUUUAAGUUCUAGACAACAUCUGGAGCUUCGAACUUAGGAUUGGUGGGUUUCCCAGCUGCUCCUCAACACCCUGCCACCUACUGACCCAUCACCUACCAACCACUCACUAACCAGACAAAACCAACCAAUCACCGUGCUCAGAAACAAUACUCUCUCUCUCACUCACUCACUCACACAGAAAAGAAAUCGCACUGAAGGAUCCGAGUACCCGCCUCGAUGCCACUCAAAACACGGAUGGAUCUAAAAAAUAAAACUCAAAAAGAAAAACUCAUUACUCUGCAGUUGCCAAAAAAACAAAAGAAAAAACUAACAAAAAAUAUAUAUAUUUUGCUCUUUCUCUCUCACACACACACACACACACACACACACACACACACACAUAGGUGAGCAUGAACAAUGAUAGGAACUUCUGUUGUUGUACCAGCCAUCAUAUCAGCCAAGGAAGAUGAAGAAAGAGAAAUUCCUGAAAUAAAAAAGGCUUUCGGUUUCCGAGAAAGCCUUUCUCUGGAUUGAUGGUGAUUUUCGAGUCUCAGACAGACACCCAACUCGAUACGUCCAGCCUCUACUGUGUUAAGCCAUUUGGACCUUCUCCCUCGUUCAUCUGUGAACUAGCCCUCGAUGGCUUAUUCAAAGGAAUAUUAUUCAAAAGGGGGAAGGGGAGCGUCUCUAAAAUAUGUGGUGUGCAAACAGAAACACUUUAAUUAUCGCCACCAGUUUUGCUUUUUUUCUUCAUCCUGAAAUUAUGGACAAAACACUGAAGAUAUAGAAACUUGAAUGGAGAAAAUCUCAUCAGUCAAGCACCCUUGUUUUUAAAGUUCUGCAGCGAUAGUGUCGUGGACAUUCAUUGUGCCGAUCUUUUUUGGUUUGCAAUGUCAUAGGAUACGAUCAAUUUGGCCAGGACUUUUAAAGGGCCGCCCCAACCUUUGGAAGUUCUUCAAGAUAACCUCAAGAGGUCUUUCUGCUCAACAAGGGUGCUCUGGCAGCGCUCUUUGUUUCCUGGAUUCAUCUUCUCUUCUUCCUGUCUGUUAUCAUAGUAAUAAGUUCAUCGGGAUAACCCCAAUCGUAACUGGUUGGAGGAUGUUUUCACUAAAUCAGUACAUUUCAGCACUCGAUAGUCAAGAAACUCUGCAACAGUGAUUGAAUUGUGAAAUCUUUUUUUUGUUUUGAUCAGUGGAGCUUCCGCUUUUGCAGUUUUUCCAGUCUUACGCGCACACUUUUUUGGGUUUUUUCCCGUUUUAUUGCUUAAUGUAAGUGGAGAGCGAUGUUCGCUUAAUUUUGACUAUACAAGCAAUGGGAAAAGGUGAUCCAUGACGUUGUGGUUUCUUUUUUUUUUUUUGGUUUAGUUGGUUUUUAAAUCCUAUUUCACUUGCUGCAAAACCUAAUCGUACCAACUAAAAUAAAAUUAUAUUUCUUGUUUAGGUAUAUAAUGAGAAGGCGCUACCACACUUAGGUCCACUAGACGUUGGGACGCUACAAAACAAUAACAACGUUAUGAUUAUUGAUUUACAGCCAAUAGGGGUAAUUUUUAAUUUCUUUCGUUUGUAAUGGCAAAUGAUUGCCAUUAAUUGGAAAAUGGGCUUUCUUACUGUUGUGACUGGACGUUUUAUUUGUUGUUUUUUUUCUCCCCUGUGCAUUAACUUGUAAAGGGAUCUAUGGGAAAAAGAAAUUUACAUUUGGACUGAGGUAAUUGUAUUUGGGCGGCAAAUACAGUAAGGAAGCUAAAGGCAGCCCUGAUGAUUUUUUUUUUGUUUUUGAAUUAGCCAUUUAUUGUUGAACAAAAUAAAGCAGGUUUGAAAUUCAUAAACUUAUCUAGACAUCUAGAAAACGAGCCACUUUAAAGAAGUUUCGUCUUGUAUCGGAAAUGGAUACAAGCUUAUUGCUUGUUGCAAGAUUUUUACUUGCUGAAGAAAAAAAAUUAAUCUAAAAACGGCGACAGAUCGCAUUUUGGCCUCUGAUUGUUUGUAUGUUUUUAUAAAUUUUAGAACUGAAUUUCUCUUUAAGGUGGCUCAUCAGUAUUUUUUCAACUCUUGUGCAUAUUAAAGAUAAAGAAUGAGUUGAAAUUCAUUGUGCCUUUGUUUUUCAUUUCGAAGCAACUAAAAAAAAAAGGUUCAUAAUGCCUGCCACGUUGCAUUGGAGCUGCUUAUAUUAUGGGGUCUUCUGGGUGUCAUAUCUGGACUUUACAAUGAGACGUUCUCUGGAGUAGAGUUAUAAUUCUAAUUCAAUUCUCCUCUAGUCUGCUGGCUGACUUGUAAUUGAUCCCCUAACUUUCAUUCUGCUCCCUUCUCAUUCUUGGUCACAAUUCUCAGCCUGUCCCUGCCCUCCCUUCCCGUCCACCUUUCUAUGGCAACACAUCUUUCACUCAUCACUCCCUCAGGACGUGCUUUAUGUAUCAAUGAACCUAACCAAAAUAAACUUGCUGUUAGCCAUCCUUUUA